AUGGGUGCUGAAAAUAAACAUUGGGCAAAAGAAAUCAUUCAACGAACAAAGAGACGUGAUGAUUUUGUAAGUACUCAAUUUGUUAAAAAGAAAAUUAACCAAUUAACAGCUGCAAUUGUUCAAGCUAAUGCAGCGAUAUCUGAUUUGAAAAUUCAACUUCGUACGUAUUGGUCACAAGUACCAGAAUAUAAAAAAGGUAAAUCAGCAGCUGAUACUACAACUCAAAAUGUUACAGCUCAACCUACUACAACUACUAUAGCAACAACUGCACCGACUUCUACUGAAUCAACAGCAGCAACUGCAGCAAGACCAAUUGCUAGUCAAUUAUCUUUGGAUAAAAUUCGAAAUAAAACUGAAGAACUUGAAAAAUUAAUAUUGAAAUAUUCGCAACAUUCAUUAAAACGUGUUGAAUAUGAUUUGCCUCGAAAAUGUACUGCAAAAGUCGAUUUAUCAUUUAAAAUUGAUGAAUAUAUUAUUAAUCAAGAUGAAGCUCAAGCUACAUAUAAUCAAAUGCGUCAAAUUACUAAAGAAUUUCAAACGCAAGCAAUGACAUUUUGUGUACAAGCAUUGGCUCGUGAAAAUGAAUUAUUAUCAAAUGAAAUUAAACGUAUUAUUGAAGAUUUUCCUCAAGAUAAUGAUGAUGGUUUUGAAGCUGAACCUGGUUAUGCAGCAUUCAAACAUUAUUAUAAUUUACGUGAAAAACGGUUAAAUUUAUGUAGAGGCUGA